AAACAGUCGUAUACUGUGAUUAAAAUUGAUAAUCAUAAAUUUGAAAUUGAAUUCGAGGAGAUCCAUAUCCAACUUUCCAAACGUCAGCAUCUAUCUCCUGAAUUUCAAGCGCCUAACCCUCUCAAGAAAGUUCAUACUAUUGUUGAUGGAAGGUACAAGCGUUUCGAGAGUCAUGCAAUUCUUGUCUAUAUUGCUUCUGCAUUUUCUGGAGUUGCAAACCAUUGGUACCCAGCUGAUGCUUCGAGGAAAGCUAAAAUCCACUCCGUGUUAGAUUGGCAUCACCUGAAUUUGCACUGCGGUGCAGUUGUGUUGUUAUAGCACAAAAAUAACCCUUUUGUUUAUUUGCUUUCAGUAAUCAAUUUUCAUAGUGGUCUCUUUUCAGUAAAUUAAAAGUAAGAGGAGAUUAGUGGUCUCCUUGAAUUCAAUUUGCAUCCUAUGGUUGAAAAAUCGAGAAACACAAGGGAGGUCUGGCACGUCUAUUUGAGUUUGGUUUUCCUACAGUUAAUGUUGAUCUAAUUAAAUUCUGUUUAUCUAGAUUUGUGCCAUGCCAAACAUAAUGCUGAUAGCAUGGAUGAUAAUUACAUAUUUUUUAAUGCAGCUUUUAGACGAGAAAGAGCAUGAUCGUAUUAUUGGCCCAUACAAGAAAGUUCAACGGUGGAUUGAGAGCACAAAAAAUGCAACGAAGUCACAUUUUGAUGAAGUUCAUAAUGUGUCCUCUAGAAACUCAAAGCGAGGCUUUCAGUGCGGGAAUCUAGUAAAGCAGAUGGCCAAAUUAAAUCUGGGAAUAAAGCUCCCAUGAUUUCAAAGAUGUGACCUAUCAACCAUGUGUUUAACAUACUUGACACCAUUUAGCCAUGUCUAACAUUUUAUACAUUGAUGGUUGCAAUUGUGGCUUGACUAUGUAUUGAGACUCAUUAC